AUGGGACGAACCUUGACCUACCCCAAGAAGGUUUCCAACACUGCCAACCGGUACAAGCAUCGAGCUACAUAUGAUCUCGGUCCAAUCCAUUCAAUCAUCAAUGACUCCCAAGUUCUGCAUGUAUCCUUCAACCCAGGGCCGGAUGACCCAUUCCCCGCAAUCCUACCAAUGAUAGGACAAAUGGGCUCAUUUGACUUUCCCUCCGCGAGCAUCGACGAGCCUCUAGAGUGCUAUCUCCACGGCUACGUCAGCUCACGUAUUAUGAACCUAGCCCGCAACUGCAGCGAUGGCGAUGGACUUCCCAUCUGCGUGGCAACAAGCAAAGUAGACGGGUUGAUCCUGUCGCUCACACCCAACUCGCACAGCUAUAACUACCGCUCUGCCAUCCUACACGGCUACGCGACCCUCGUCACAGACGAGGAAGAAAAACUCUGGGCGAUGAAAUUGAUCACGAACUCUGUCCUCACAGACCGCUGGGAUCACUCGCGUGUGCCGCCGGACCGUGCUGAGAUGCAGUCGACUGUCAUCCUGAAGGUAAAAAUUGUGGAUGGCAGCGGCAAGAUCCGUGAUGGCGGUGUUUCGGACGAGCGUAAGGACUCGGGCAACGAGCAUGUCACUAGCAGUGUCUGGACUGGUGUUGUGCCAGUCUGGGAAACGUUUGGAACACCGAUUCCAAGCGGUGAUAGUAAGGUUGCUAAAGUGCCUGAGUAUAUUACUUCGUAUAUCGCUAGCAAGAAUAACCAGAACAGGGCUCUGGCGGAGGGUGCAGUGAAGAUUCAGCUGCCGCCUGAGGAGCAGCACUGA